CUCCUUGCUGUUCUUUUACCUUUUCUGUUCUUCAGGUGUUCCAUUCCAUUCAAAAAACCAGCGUUCAAAGCGAGAAAUUUAAUUGGUUCGUUUCACUAACGGAAGCCACUUCCACCUUUUCCACUCACCCCGUUGCUAUGACACUCUACCAGACGCUUGUUUUCUAACAAGAUGCCCACCACCAUUAAAAUACCUGCUGAUGACGUCACAAAUGCUACAACCAACACCAACACCAGUGCCACCACCCACAACAACAACAACAACAACUCUACAGAACUGUCCCAUUCUCUCAGCCAAUCCGAUUCUGAUGCUAACAACAUAGUUUCUAUAAAACCAGGAGCAGGAAUUGCUGAAGAUUCUGUUCUUGAAACAGGAAAUGAUGGAACCACCAAUCAGAGUGAAUUUGCUGGAGAUUGCUCAAAGACAUUGGAAUCUACUGAAGAUUGUCCAGAAGCAGUGGGAACCAUUGGGGAUUGUCCAAAGACAGUGGAAACUGUUGGAGAUAUUUCAAAGACAGGAGAAGAUAUUGGAGAUUGUCCAGAAAUAGUGGAAGCUGUUGGAGAUUGUUCCAAGACAAUAGAAAAGGCUAAAGAUUGUUCAAACUUGGUUGCAUCUGCUGGAGAUUGUUCAAACACAGUGGAAACCAUGGAAGAUUCUCCAGACCCAGUAGAAUUUGUUGGAAAUUGUUCAAAGAUAAUUGAACCUGUUGGGGAUUGUCCAAAGACAGUGGAAACUGUUGGAGAUAUUUCAAAGACAGGAGAAGAUAUUGGAGAUUGUCCAGAAAUAGUGGAAGCUGUUGGAGAUUGUUCCAAGACAAUAGAAAAGGCUAAAGAUUGUUCAAACUUGGUUGCAUCUGCUGGAGAUUGUUCAAACACAGUGGAAACCAUGGAAGAUUCUCCAGACCCAGUAGAAUUUGUUGGAAAUUGUUCAAAGAUAAUUGAACCUGUUGGGGAUUGUCCAAAGAUAUUGGAAGGUGUUGGAGAUUGUCCAGAGACAAUGGAAUCUGUUGGGGAUUGUCCAAAGAUAUUGGAAGAUGUUGGAGAUUGUCCAGAGACAAUGGAAUCUGUUGGAGAUUGUUCCAAGACAUUGGAAGAUGCUAAAGAUUGUUCAAACACUGUUGUAUCUGCUGAAGAUGUUUCAAUAACAGUGGAAUCUAUUGAAGAAUCUCUGAAGACAGUUGAAUCUACUGGAGUUUGUUCAAAGACUGUGGAAGCUGUUGGAGAUUGUACAAAAAUAUUGGAAGCUGUUGGAAGUUGUCCAGAGAUAUUGGAAUCUACUGGAGUUUGUUCAGAGACAGUGGAAUCUGUUGAAGAUUGUCCAAAGAUAUUGGAAGAUGUUAAAGUUUUUUCAAAUGUAGUCAUAUCUGCUGCAGACAGUUCAAAGACAGAGGAAUCUACUGGAGAAUUUUUGAAGAAAGUGGAAUCUACUGAGGAUUGUUCCAAGACAGUGGAAUUUGUGGAUGAUUGUCCAAAGUCAGUGGAAUCUGUUGGUGACGGUUCAAAGACACUGGAAGUUAUUGAACAUAUUUCAAAUAAAGUGGAAGCUGUUGAAGAUAUUUCAAAGACAGAAGAAAAUGUUGGAGAUGUUUCAAAAAGUGUGGAAGAUGUUGGAGAUAUUUCAAAGGCAGCAGAAACUGUUGAAGAUUCUUCAAAACUAGCAGAAUCUGCUGAAGAUGUUCCAAAAAUAGUAGAAGAUGCUGCAGAUAGUUCAAAGACAUUGGAAUCUGAGACAGUGACUACAAAUGGUCUGGAUGGAAAACAGAAAGACAGUGCAAAAGAUAAUGUUUCUGAUGGAGAAUGUAAGAAAGAAAAGAAAGAAGAACCACCACAUGAGAAAUCUGCUUUUGAAAAACUGGAUGACCACUGGCCAAGACUGACCAAGAAAUUCCUCCGCCAACACUGCAAGGAGCACAAACUGUAUCAAACCCCUGAGCUAAACGAUGUCCUUUACCUACACUUCAAAGGUAUUUAUAAAAUUGAGAAUCUUGAAGAAUAUGUUGGCCUGAAGUGUCUUUGGUUAGAAAAUAAUGGACUGAAUAGGAUUGAGAACCUUGACCGUCAGGUCGAAAUGAAGUGCCUCUAUCUGCAGCAGAAUCUCAUCUACAAGAUUGAAAACUUGGAAUCGAUGCAUAAAUUGUCCAAUUUAAACCUUUGCCACAACAUGAUUGAAACCAUUGAGAAUUUGUCCUGCUUACCCCAGCUGAGCACCCUCCAGAUAACCCACAACAAACUAUCCACCCUGAAAUCUGUAAUCCACCUCAAAGACUGUCCGUCCAUUUCAGUGUUGGAUCUUUCUCAUAACAGACUUGAACAACCAGAAAUUGUCGAAGAAGUCUUUGCCAAAAUGCCUGCCUUGGGAGUUUUAUAUUUGAUUGGGAAUCCUGUUAUCAGAAACAUCAAGAAUUACAGGAAACAUGUUACCGUGGCAAUUAAAAGCCUGAAGUAUUUGGAUGAUCGACCGGUUUUCCCUCGAGACCGUGCCUGCUCUGAAGCAUGGGCCAGAGGUGGAAUAGAAGCAGAGAAGAUAGAACGACAGAUUUGGAUUGAUAAAGAAAACAAACGAAUUCAAGACAGUGUGGAUGCUCUGUUGAAGAUUCGGCAAAAAAGUGAGGCAAAGAAGAUUCAGAAGAAACUGGACGAGAAAUUGUUGGAACGGGGAGAUGCGGAGAGUAAGCAAAGAGAAGUUGUUAUCGAGGAGAGCAUUGACUGGUUGUAUGGGACGUACAAGACAAAAUGGGUUGAUGCGGAGAAGGGAGGGGACGGAGACGAAGCGAAAACAGGGGGGGAAGAAGGACUGGGAGGAAAUGCAACGAAGCCAAAGGAAGAAGAGGGAAAAUGUGUGGAAGAGAAAAGAGAAGAGCAGACGGAUGAAACUGUUAAGGAGGAGGAGGAGGAGGAGAAAAGUUUGGAAGAACAACAACAAGAGGAAAAUGUGGAAAAGAAGACUGCAGAGACGACAUCAUUCAAGGAGGAGGUGAAGGAGGAGGAAGCAACUACUGAAGUAAUUGAUCUGAGAGGAUCUUUGAUGAAGACGGCACCAGCAGCAACAACAGCAGCAGCAGACACAUCAACUAUUUUCAGUUCCACAGUUCGUGAUCAAGUGACGCCCUCCACAGAGAAAAGCCAUUCUAUGUUGAGAAUUACUGAAAUUAAUGGUGAAGACAGCUCAUCAGAUAGUGAAUGUAACGAAGAUGCAGAGGACAUCCCUGUUCUUGAAGACAUUGACACUGAUAUGGUUUCUCUGGAGAAAAAUAUGAGUUUAUCAAAUGAAGUGGAGGAAAUAUAUAAACCAACAAAAAUAUGUUUGGUUGAAGAAAUGGAGCCAUUGAAAGAUAUUACUGCUACUACUUCUACUAUUACUACUACAACUAUUAAUACCAGUUCUACUACUAGUACUAGUACUACUACUACUACCACUUCUGCUGCUGCCAUUUUUGGUAAUAACAGUAGCAGUGAUGGUGGUAGACCAUUGGUGGAAGAGGUUAAUGAUGAAGUGGAUGAGAGCAGCAGAGUUAACGGUCAGUCAAGAUGUAACCCUUACAGAGUUUUGAUCCAAGAUAUUACUGGUAUUGGUAAAGGUCAAACUAAUGAGGUCAUUGGGGUCAAUCAGAUCACUGAUCUGGAUGAAGUAAAUGAAAUUGAAGAGAUCAAUGAAAUCAGUGAGAUCAUUAUAGGUGAUGGUCACUUAAGCGAAGCCGUCAGUGGUGCUGGUCACGGCGAAAUGGAUGAGAUAGCUGGACACUACGAUUGUCGUAGUAGUAGUAGUAGCGGCAGCAGUAGCUGUAGCAGCAGCAGUAGUAGCAGUGGUAGUAGUAGUAGUGGCCGAUGCAGUCCUCUUACUUUAGACAUUAUUGAUGCUGAGGACGUAGACAAUAACGAUGAUUUCACCGGUCAGUCUAAAGGUCAGUGUUUGAAAGAGGCCAUGGACAAUCUUGGUUGCAGUGACCCUUGUGAUAUGGAAGCCACAUGUGGGGGUCUAAAAGAUAUGGCAGCCACAUGUGGGGGUUUAAAAGAUAAAGAAUGGAUUAUGGGGAAACCAGAUGCAGAGGACAGUGUCUGUGGGAAAUAUAGACAGCAUUGCUUUGGUAAGACAGAAUUUGCCAGUGCUUGCAGUGUACGUGAGACCAAAUCGGCCACCAUUCUGAGUAUGAGCUGUGAGGAUAUGCCUGGUGGUCAAUGUUCUCAUGGUGGACGAAAGGGUGAGAAAAGUUUAAACCUGAGUUCCGAUGGCACUGAACUAACAGAACGAUGGAUUUACCCAGCUGCUACUUUCUACUCAAAGACUCUCCAGAAACAACCAGAAGAUUCUUUGAGUAGCACACAGGAUGAGAAUGACGAGUUGAAGAGAGAAAACGAAGAAUGCUGUGAGUCUAAAGAAGAAAAUUUGGUUUGAAAAUUGUGGAACCGGAUGAGAA